CGAAGACAAAGCCAUUUUGUAAACAAACAUUCAGCUGACAGACGCCGGACGGCCGAUCAAUGGCAUCUUUUAGUAUUUUUCUCCUCACUUAAUGGAAGUGUGUUGCAGAGAAGCACUAGCUAUACCCAUGACAGAUCAGGGUGAACUUAGUGACGAUGAAAAAAGACACAGUAUUGAUCCCAUUCCUAUUGUUGAUAACAUGGAGUUGAAAGUGGCGACGGGAGCCAACCAAGCCCAGGUUGACCUAAGUGAUGGUGGCUGCCAGGCUGGGGCGCCAGGGUCAAACAUGGGCCCAGAACCUGUGAUACAUAGCCCCCAUGGCGACCUUAAUGGCCACUUAAGUGAGAACACAACUGGGAAAAGUGACUCUGUGUAUGACUUUGACCCUGACACUGAAGGGGAGAUGCCCCCUAACACUUUAGAGGACUCCUCAGAAGCCUCUCCAGACAAGCAUAGUGACAGAAGUGAUGUUUCUGACAGUGUUAAAAAUGAGCCAGAACUUGAAACUCUUGACGACUCUGAAAUGGCAGAGGAUGAAUCUGUCACGGAGUCGUACGAUGGGCAAGACUAUCCUCUCGAAACGGAGGAGAGCGUUAGUGACUCUUUUGAAGGCAUUCCAAGGCGUGGUAGGGGGCGGCCCAGAGGGAGCAAGAAUAGGGUGGACGGGAGGGGGCGAGGUAGAGGGCUCAAGUUCAGAAGACUAUCGGAGGAUCGUACCUGUACGGCAUAUGAUCUCCGCAACAUUCCUGACCCAUUUGCAAAUCAACGGCGAGGACGACCCCGUAGCAGGUUCAUUGUGGAUCUCGGGGAGCAGAAUCAUGAAGCUUGGACCAAAUCUAAAGAGGAACUUAAUAUCUCAGAUGCUGAGCUCACAACUUUAUUGUUAAGUUUAUUAGAAUCUCGACGAGAGUGCAACAACACAGCAGAUUCGGACACGAUGCUGGGUUUGAUAACUUCUGAAUACAACAAGUGGAAGGAUAAGUUUACGUCCCAGGUGUCUAUGCUGAGUCAUUAUGCUUCCAUACACAACACCAAUUGUUGCACAUGCUUAGGCAUCAAAAAGAAGAAAUAUAUCCCUGCAGGUACAGGGAAGAGAGGUCGGCCUAGGAAAUACCCUCCCCCUGUAGGCUGUGAGUACCGGAAUUCUGGUGGGUUGGCUGAAGAGAAUGGGCCUGGCAUGCAGCGUCCUGACACGAUCGAUGAAGAUGGAAACAUCUUUGAACCACAGAUCAUCCUAAAAGAUGGAAUGGUUGUCAAGAAUGAACCGGGAAAUGAACGAAAAGGACUUCAGGCAGGAGAAAAUGGUGCCCACGACUUGGCGAACACAUCUAACGGAAAUUCUGGUAUCCAGAUUCUUCCACGCCCAAUUCUUUCGAAAGAAGAGCUUGAAAAGCGAAGAGAAUAUUAUAACAAUCACAAGAAUAAGAUAAAGUAUGUUUGUCAUUAUUGCCAAGUUCACUUCUACCACAAACCCAAUUUUGAUUUCCACAUUUCAAAAUUAGAAAGUACUGGGAAAUGCAAAAUAUAUGAAAAAUUGAAUAACCUGUACCUUUGUGAGUCAUGUGGGGAGGGAUUUUCGUGGCGAGAAAAACUAGAGAAGCAUUUACGAUUAGCUGAGCAGCAUGGAACGCACAACCAAAAGGAGUUGCUCAUGUUUGGAGACUUCCAGUGCAACAUGUGUGGUAAGACAUUUAAUAAACGCACAACCUAUGUGCAACACAUAAAGUGGCAUGAGGAUCGUGAGGACAUUCCUUGUGUCAUCUGUGGCACUAUGUUCAAACAGAUUGAUCUGAGACAUCAUCUGAUGGAAGUGCACAGUAAUGAUAGUUUGCCAUGUUGCUACUGUGGCAAACUCUUUACUAGUAGGAAAUAUUUAGAAAAACAUGAGUUAGUUCACCAGGGUGGCAAUUUUCCAUGUCCAGAAUGUGGCAAAACCUUCAGUCAAAAAAGCAAUAUGCAGCAACAUCUCAAAACACAUUCAUUAGAUAAAGAAUAUUCGUGUGAACACUGUGGACAAACAUUUAAUCAACGUGCUGGACUUUGUCAGCACUUAAAGAAGCAUUUUGGCCCAACUGAAUUCAAUGAUGAAUGUGAAGUUUGUGGUCAGUAUUUCUCUAAUGAUUAUAAUCUUAAAGUGCACAAGAAGAAGAUACAUAAUAUGCAUGUAGAAGGAUUGGCAGAUGAUAUGUCGGAUCAUUCUGAAUAUCUUUCAUCUCCUAUAUCGUCACAUAUGACACCAGAGGAUCUUCGCGAAAAGGCAUAUGGUGCUGCCAAUUCAGCUGUAAAAAAUAUGUUGGGAGUGUCAUUGGGGUCAUCAGUUAGUUUAGGAUUGUCCAUGAAACAAGAAGGUAGUACAGAAUCCCUCGAUGACAAUCAAUUACAUAUGAGAGACACUUCUAGUCACAUGAACGAUAUGAGGCAUAUGACUGAUAGACGAGACACUCCUGUUGGCCUCAUGAAAGACACCCUUGAAGCAGAUGAACACAUAAGAAUGAAUCAACAUCACUCAAUGGGUGUUAAUGAAGAUGCCUUACACAUGCCACAAGAUCUCACCCGUAUGACUGCUAGCCAAGCACACAUGAGUGAUGAUUCAGGACGCAUGUCUACUGCUCCACAGUCCCCUCUCAUUAAUGCUCCACAGUCCCAUAUGAGUGAUAUGAGAAAUUCAACAACUGAUAGUCCAGGACGUAUUACUGAUACACCCCACAUGACUGAUAACCUAGGGCGCAUGGCUGCUGAAAACUUUGGACGAAUGACUAACACUCCAGGGGGCUAUUUAGCAGAACACUUACGUCGCAUGGCUGAAAAUCAGAGUCGAAUGUCUGAUUCUAUGUCUCAUUAUGAUGAACGUGAUAAUUAUAGCCGUCUUGGAGAUAAUUUGCGCACCAUGAGUCGAGGAAGUGCUGGAGAUCCCAUGGGACGCUUAGGAGACAACUUGGGCCGUAUGACUGACAAUCUUAGUCAUAUGGGUGUCAUUCGACCAACUCAAACUCCCUCCAGCACACCCCAGUGGCCGCCACAUAUGCAAAAUCAUGCAGCAUUAGACAGCAUGAAUCAAUCUCCCCAAGCAAGCCAACAUACACUUUAUCCACUGCCGUUCUGGCCGUAUGAUCCUUCUUUGCGACAGUAUCACCACUGAACGUUUGAAGGUGAGUUGGCCAAGCUUAUACUUACACUCAGCAGACAGAUUCUGACGUACAAGGUCCAGAUAUAUUCAUCAUAUCUAAGGCACGAUCAAGAAGUUCCAUCACACUUCUAAAAGUUUGGAGAAGCUAUUUUUCUUAUUUUUUUAAUUAGUCAAGUCUGUUGGCUUAUUUAAUCUUCAUGUAGAAGAUGUGAUGUUAUGAUUGAAGGUUCCUACGAUGCUAGACAUUAAAAUUUGUGUAGUACAAUUAUGAAAUUUCUGUGGUAGCUGUAGUUUAUAGUAGCUGUCCAGACUUAUGAACAUUCAUUGCUUAGUAGUUAACCCAUAUAAAAGAGUAUGGAGAAUUAAAGGCUGUAGCAGACUUAUUUUAGAUUACCAUACAGUGCGUAUACUGGCCAUGUGUAGUGCUUAAUGUAUGCUGUCAAGUCUAGCUUCCAAUCUUUAGAUAAGCCUUUUUUCAGGUUUUAUGAAGAACCACAAUUUUUCAUUUCAUAAAGUAUGCAAAUAUUUAUAGAAAGUGACAGCUGUCUUUCUUUGUGAUAAAAAAAAAAUUGUGCUCUCUAGUUUCUAAAUUAAAAAUAGAUGCAAAAGAAACCAGAUGUGAUUCUUCUAAAUUGCUGGGUAUCAGCCAAAAAAAAUAAUAACAAUAAAAAAAUCUCCGACAUUAGUCAUCUGGGCUUUGUUUCCAAGUACAGUAUGUGUGUGGGUUUAAUAUAUUACAUUGAGAAGUGAAUUUUGUAACGAACACCUGUACUGGGCACAUUAGGCUCUCGCAGUGGUCCAAACUAUACAGGGUAAAAAAAUCUGUUUGAAAAUAAUGAUGUUAUUUAGUCAUUUGGUGUUAAGGGUUGCGAGGUUACAUGUGACCAAUAGUUAUUGAGAACAAAUGCCCAUGUGAUAAUAUGACCAUAACUUAUGAGAAAUGUAUACACCAGUAAUUUAAAAGACUGCAUCUGGGGUCAAGUGUUAGAUCUUUUAUAUGGCUAUAUGUGAUGCAUCUUUAAAUGCAAUUGCCAGGUUUCAGGAUUUAAUUUUUUGUUCUUCCUGAGCACUUAAACCUAACCAUAAUACGAAUAUUGUUAACAUGUAAAUGUUUUUGAAUGCUACCACUGAGCAUUUCUUGGUGUGUUGAGCAUUGAGAAUAGGGCUGCCAAUGAUUGGUGCAAAGAAACACACUUGUAAGUUGAGGCUAAGAAUUAUGAAAUGUUGUAUAUUUAUUGUGGAAAUCUUUCUUUUGAAAUGAAAAGUUGGCUUUAAGGCAUCAUUUGGAUUGUUGAUCCCAAGCUAGCAAAAGUCCUUGAGGUGUACAGUGAGAAAUGAAUCAGUGUUGAUGUGUAAGCUAGUGAUAGUUUACUGGUAGGGCUGCCAGGGUGUAUACUUACCCAGAUGCUCUUUGCGCGGUUUGUCCAAACCACGUGUACUAAAUUUCUGUCAAAACCCAUACUGCAUUACAGCCUUCAUCAUCUCAUAACAGGCUUUUUGGGAGAUUUUGAAAUAAGUCCUAUACUGUUUUAUAGAUGUCACUCUUUUGUUUGGACAUUGAAGAAAAUAUAAUUCAAAAGAGCAUCAUUGUAAGUUGAAAUGACUCAACCCCUGCAAAAAGUAUAUCAUGUUUGCAAAUAUCAUAUCAUUAUAAGCUAUUAUUCAACAAUUUGAGUGUGUUGCAUUGUCUAAAAUUGGCUUGGUUACAGAAUUUCAUGGCUUGACUAAAAAAAAAUAUUUAUGGUAUUUUGGCUUCAGAAUUAUGCACUAGAUAUGUUGUUAAUUUUUACAUAUUUAAUAAGAUCAGUGAAAGUAAGAGUCCAACACAUAUUAGUUUAACUUUGCAUUACACAUUUGUAACCAAGUUUGUACUGUUUUCAAAUGAUAGGCCCUGGAAGAGUAACUGAUGGUACAGACAGUACGCACUCUUUUAUGGCCUAGCUAGGUUUGAGGAAUAAUUGUCAUGGUCACCUUUUUCAUUGUCUUCUGUUAUGCUAUUGAGAUAGUUGGUGUAAAUAGUUUAAUUUGAGUCAAAUCAGUUGGAGACAAGUCAGUGUGAGACAGUCAGUGUGAGACAGGGGAUUCCAUGGGUUGGGUGCAAGUUUAUAGAUUGUUGAGUUGUGAGUAUCAUCUGGCCCUGUCUUGUCAUAUCUGGAUAGCAAUUAUUGGUUAUUUGUUACUAAAAUAUUUUACACUACAGUUGAAGCUUACCCUUCAUAAUUUUUAAGAAAUAAUUAUAGGUUGUUGGGUUAUAACUGCCCAUAAUUUGACUUGAAACAUUCUAUAUUUAUUUUGUUUUUUUAUUGAUAAAUUAUGAGGAAAAUUAAUAUGUGAAUGAUAAUUAAUCUGAUCAUGGUUUUGGAACCUUGCAGUUUGUCAGGUUGUUCAGCUGAAACAAGUGUGAACAUAUACACGUCAAAUAUGUUCAAAAUGGUUGUCAUCAGUGGGUGAUUUUAUUUUAUUUUUAGAUUACCUAAAAGUCCUUCAAAACCUGUAUUGUACUUAAGCCAGAUCAGGAGAGUUGUACCUUUCUUUAGUGAUGAUGUUAUACAAUUAUUUUUUAGAUCUGUUUAACGUUUAUUAAUUUGUGCUAAAAUUAGCUGAUAAUAUAAAUAUUUAAAUUUCCUCUAUAUUUUAUGUAGUUUAAGGUUGAAAUAUGUCCCAACUGGGAGAGUCAAUGAGACUUGAAUCUCCUUGGCAUAUCCCUCCCCCUCCCCAAUUUGCUCUUGAGAGUGUUUAUUUGUUGUUCACAUGCUGCGUGAUGAACUACGGAUAAGGGUGAAGUGUACAGCCAGUCUAGUGCCCCGUGAGUGACUUUGAAAAGUCUGGUGUAGAUUUUUUGUGAACUAAUUUAAGGUCUUGUAAUCAACAAAUUUAUACUUUUAUUAAAUUAGUAUGUUGAGAGUACAAUGAAGAAUUUGGGGAUGGAUAGUAAAAGUGAUAUAUUUGCUAUUUCUUUAAUCAUGGCAUUAUAUAAAAAUCAUGCUUAGGCAUUUUAUUUAAUAUAUUUUUUAUAAAUUUUGUUCUAGUUCCCGAGUCUAGAUUUUAAUUGUAGACUGUUGGCUUUCAACUUGACCUUAAGUUGUUAGUUUAUAUUGCAAUAUUUUAACUAAGUGCUGUAAGGAGGAUAGCCUUCUUGGUGGUAGUUUUGAACGAUAUGAUGUAAUGCUACUUUGUGAAAAAUGUCAUUUGUGAUCUUUUAUGUAGAAAUAUACUGUGAAAGUGAUUUGUGAUGUUAAAAUGUUUUGCAUUGGUCUCCCUUUUAUUAUUCUUACAAUGUGCAACAUGGGAGCCUGGGCAUCACAGUAACAUGUUUUUAUAGAAUAUGAGAGGUGGAUUUCAGAAUGUGGUGUUUUAAAUACAGUAUAUAUGUAUAUGUAAUUGUUCAACACUUAUUUUUUGUAUUUUUUGGUAGGAUGUGUGGGUAAAAUGCUUCCCAUGGAUUAUGGCCUUAGGUGUUAGUAGAUAAGUGUUGUGACGAGAGCUGCUUAGAAAGAAUAUUGUAAUUGUAAGAACCUGAGUGUGUUCAAGUCAUAUAUUUGGUGAGAAGGCUGUGUGAAAAAGUUAUUUGAUAUGUGUCUGUUGGUAUGGCUUUGACAUCUCCAGAGGGUGCAAUUCUAGGUUAGUGCAAUAUCAAUACUGUACACGCAAUUUUUUCUUUUAAAUACUUGUCCAAUAAAUACAGGCCCUAAAUAUAUACAAUAAUUGUAAAUGUGAAAGGCGGUCAUGAGAAAAUCAGUAAGAGCCAUGAGGAAGAUUUAAAUCUGUACACUGGGUACUCCCAAACACACGCCCUAAACCACUAGGCCACGAUGUGCACAAAUAAUGCAACUUGGUAUACAACUGAAUUCUCUAGGGGUCCUAAGGUUUCCACUGAUACCAAGUCAGGGUUUCACGCAUUACCUGCAUACACUUUGCCUGUGGUAUAGGAGUUCUAUGUGGGUAAUAUAUGAAAACCUGAUUGAUUUCAGUGGAAACCUCAGGACCACUAGAGGAUUUAGUUGAAUUCCAGGUUGCAUUAUUUUUUCAUAUCAUGGCCUACUGGUUUGGGGUGUGUGCUUGAAAGGACUCAGUAUGCAGGUUUGAAUCUUCCUCUUAAUUACUUCCUCCUCACUCUUACUGUUUUUCCAUUGAUACAUCACAUUAGUGUGAUUUCUUUGUGCAAGGGUGUUCAUUAUUGAUGAUUCUCAGAAAGAGAACUUCGGAACUAUUACCUCUUAAUUUUGAGGAAGUGAGAGUCCAUUUGAAGUACCAAGAGAGACUCAGAAGUGACGAUUGUGACUCUGGCCAAUAUAUAUGAAGCUGUGACAAAUUGUGAUGGUUAGUUAAAUGAAGUUCCUGAAAUUAGUCAGAUUAAGGCAGGUGAUGUGAUGUGUCAAUUGGUAUCUUUGAUAUUUUAAGUUUUUUCACCUGCCUACAUUGUUUGUGAGUGAGCUGAAGUUGUUCAGAUAAUGUGCCAUUCAGUGCUUUCACGAGGCAUUGGCUCUUUUGGGGCAAGACGUCAAAGUUCCUAUGCAUGAUAGAUACUGAAGUUAUUUUAAGGUCUGUGAAUUUGUUUUUUAUGCAAUUUUCAUGACAAAAAUGGACAGACUUUUAAUACCACUGAAGUUGGAGUGGAGUGAAAUAAACUACAGUACACAAUAGGCUUCCCAAGUUAUGCAGCUGAAAAUGAGGAUACUGAAACAAGAUAUGCAUUAAGGUGUGAGUCUUAGCUGGAACAUGCAAGUAUAAUGGAGUUUCGGCUAGGCCUGGUCAUACUGCCCACUGUGCCAUCCUGAGGUGUGAGUUAGUUAAUGAAAUGUUUAUAUCAGGCUUAAUAUUACUGCAAUCCUUGCAUGGUUUUUGUGUACCAUUCAAAUGUCAUUUUUAACGUCAUUGUUUGAUAAAAGUUUGCUUGCAGAAUAAUUUCCAAUUUUAAUGAAACCAAACCUUAUUAUUGUUAAGUAUAUUUUAUAUUAUAGGAACCAAUGCUUUUAGGUAAAUUAUCAGUUAUUAAAAAAAUACUAUUGAAUGUUUGUGGAGUGGUAAGUUUUGGCCAGAUACGAGCCUGAAGGGUGCACCAAAACUUUGUAGGUAGUAUAGCCCUCUAGAAUACCUGGAUUUGUAAUGCUGUUGACAAUUAUGAGGCUGUCAAAAUACUAGCACUAAUGUCCAGUGUGGAUAUUCUAAGAGGUUGUCUUGAUUGGAGCAUAUCAUUAACUGGCACGUUUACCUUUAGACGACACUACUGUCCUUGUACAGUUAACUUUGUACCUUUUCAACAGUAUACUGUUUUGUGUUGAUCAAGUUUUUCUCAUUAUGCUUAGACAAUUUUAAGCAGUGAUGUAAGCUUAUGCAGUUUGUGUACAAUAUUUAAUUUGAUUGUUUAUAAGUUUUGUUUUAUAGAUAUUUAUUUAGCAUUUUCCAUUUACUCUUGUUGAAGAGAAUCCAUUACCAGGUGUUGUUGACUGUGAAUUCUUUAUUAUGGGCACUUUGUUAUAAUAUCUUUCACUCAGAUUUAACAGACUACACAUUUUCUCUUCACUUGUCAUUCAUUACAUAAUGAAGACAUUUGCAGAUGGAAAAUAUGGUAGAAAUAAUCAUUAAACAAGGCAUUUUUUAAGUGAUGAGAGAAUUAUGAUGUACACAUUUCAUAUCCUAUUUUUGUUAUAUGCAUAUAUCCCUUAGUGAACCAUAGGUAGUGAAAGGUAAAGGCAAAAUUACAUCAGAUUUAGGUACCUCAAGUUCUUCCAUUGUUUGCUUUGCCAUGGUAAUAUUGUAUAUAUAUGUCAUAAAAGCUUAGUUGACUAUUUUUAUAAUUAGACUACAGUUCCCAAUCACAAAAUGAGAUUGAUAAGAUGAUCUUCAGUGAUGUUUGAACAGUGAAGAACUCUGAUUUACAUAAAUCACCACCACAAUAAUUGGGAAAAGUCAUAACUGGGCUUUUUAUGGAUUUCUAUGGGAUAUUAUAUUUAGGCCCAUAUGUGCAUCUCUGUCUAGUCACCAAAAUUUGUGUGUGCAUAUUUAUAUAUAUCUCAUUUUGAUGUGUCUUCUUGUAACCAUAAUUUGUUUUCACACGUCUUUUAUAUCUAUAUUUUUGCUUACUACAAGUUAGCGUUUUAGAGUAUGAAGGACUUGUUUUACACAAAUAGCCCAAACCAAUAUUAUUUGUAGUUAAAUCAAGUAUAUAAAUUAUAACAGGAUAGAAUAUUACUUUCCUGACAAGGUGUACUUCCUUACAAUGUGGUGUGUCUUAGGAUGUUUAUAGAGCAUUAUGUAACCAGGAAAUAAACAGAUCAUAAAUGUCCGUA